AUGUGAUUUGGGUAAUGUCAAAACUCAAAAUUACAACAGGUCCCCACUCCAAGUCGAGGCACGGCCAUGGUAAUUACAAAGGAAGCUUCCUCACGCGAAGGACAAAGAGAGAGUCAGUGACAAAGACAUCAAUGGUAAAAGGCCAAUUCUCUGAGAUACCUCUUCUUAAAUGGUCUUAUUAUUCUUUCUUGCCCUCUUAAAAUUCCCAUCUUUCGAUGCUUCUCUCAGGUAUUCUCUCCCAUUAACUCUGCUUCUACCUCACUCAUCAUCAAUCUCUGAAUACUGAGUGUCAUUAAUGGUUUCAUGAUUAUAGCUACACCAAAUAUGUAUUGGGUGAGCGUCAAUCAAGCAUAAUUUUCUGUGAUUUGCAUUAAACUGGUUGAUCUGAUAUGGUAAGAUUCUGAUUAUUGGGUCAGAAUCAAGGAAAUAACAAUUUUAUGUUAUUUGCCUGUAAUUGGUUCAUCACAUCACUAAAAAAUUCUAAAUUUUGGUGUAGUUAAUUGGUUGAGCCCUUAUGGAGGUGGGUUUUCAUUGGGUGGUGAAGUUUGUAGUGAUGAUUCUUGUAAGUACAUGCUCAACAAGGUACGGGCCCAUGAAGUUUCUGGAUUAUUAGAGAUGAAGAAUAGCUAGAAACUCUUCUUUCCGAGUGCUUGAGAUAAGUAAUGAUGAAAAUUUCUAUAAUAACCAUGACUCUUUGAAGGGGAGUCCUAAUUCUGAUGACAUAUUAUUUUUGCACUUAGAGAUUCACUUAUUUCAGUAUGAGUGAGUCAAGUCUUUUUAUUAGCAGAUUACCCUUAUAAGAACCCAAAGGAAUCUGGAGUAUUGUUCCAGAAAACUUAGUUGUUGAAUGCUGGCUAGAUUAUUGCCAUGUCUGCUUAUGGUCACCAAAUGGAGAGGGAGUACUCUGCACAGAGUCUCUCUGGCAAUGGAGAUUCUGAUGGGGAUAGCCAUUACGUGAUGGAAACAGGUUUCUACAUGACAUCAGUUGCUGCAACGAUUUUCAUUGGGGCGAUUGUUACUGUUGGAGUUUUAAUGACUACUUUGCUGAUUACGCUAACAGUAAUGCUGCAAUCUUGUCAAAGUAGAAAUGCAGGAGUUAUUGAGAAUGUGAAAUCGAGUUACGACUAUAAUGCCUGCAAGAAUCUUGGUCUCCAUGCAGAGCUCAACAACUUGGAAGCAAGUCACUUUCCUAUGAUUUGCAAGGUUUUCGCUGUCCAAUAUAUUGAAGAAGGCCAAUAUGCUAGAGAUUUAAACUCUACAAUUGUGGUGGUAGAGAAUCAUUUUAAAACAGUUGACCCGCUAGAUGAUGGUCUAGAUGUGGUUUUGAUUGACAUAGAUGACAUUUCCUCUUCAAACCCUCAAAGUGAUAAUUUAUUACUUCAAGGAUAUAAUCAAUAUGGAUGUAGUAAUUGUAUUGGAGAUGCAAUUUAUCUGAAGCUCCAGUCUAUUCUUUUGAUAUACAAGAAACUGCAUGCUAGAGGCUGGCCUUUAAUUUUGCUGUCAAGAAAGCCCGAGAGACAAAGGAACACCACCGUAAAGCACCUUAUUUCUGCAGGUUACAAAGAUUGGUCUCUAUUGAUAAUGAGAUCAGAAGAGGACUUGCGUGUGGAUAAUUAUGAAUACUUUGCCAGAAGAAGGAUAGCAUUGCAGAAGGAAGGUUUCCGCAUAGCAGGCACUAUAAGCAGUCGCUACGAUGCUUUAACAGGUCCAUAUUGUGGGCAACUCGUUUUUAAGCUUCCAAACCCACUUUAUUGCAUUUAUGAGAAUCAAAAUGGAAACACAGUUACAACAACCUAGGCCAUAUUGGAGGCUAUUAAAACGGCUUGCUUAUGUACCAGGAGAUACUAUCAAAGAGAUGAAGAUUUCAACAUUGAAAUCAUAAUUGAGUUGAGCACAGAUUGAACAUUUUGUCUUGCAGCUUGAGUGGUUGAUUAGUCCCUGAAAUUGCACCUUGUGACUUAUUCCUUCAGUUGAUUGUUAUUGGGACGUUGAUGAAAUCUAUGUCAGGCCACUGUCAUUGUAUGAUUUCUAGUUGUCUGAGUGGAAUCGAAUUUAAGCGUGUACUUGUAGUUUUUGUUUCACUCCACAGAUUGAAGAUAAAUUCAUCAAUUAUUUGAUUUAUUCCCCUUAAUUUGGCACUUAGUUUAGUCAUACACUGAUACACCACCCUGUUGUAUAAUAUGUUGAUCCUCAUUAUUGUUACUUUAUAUAUUGUAAAGAUUUCUUUCGAUGUCA